UCGAGAAUAAAUUAUUUCCAAACAAAAGGCAGUUAGAAAAAUUAGAUUGGUUUGAAGAAUUAGUAGUAUGUGAUUUAAAAAUAGAUGAUAUUGGUUAUUUUGCAUAUAUAUUAAUAUAUAAUGGCAUAUUAAUUAGAAUUCCUUUCGGAAUAUUUUGUAAUGAAUAACUUAAAAAAGAAUGGAACACUUAAAUAUAAUAAAUAAAUUAUAAUAUAGAAGAAUUGGGAUAAAAAUGGUAAUAGAUAAAUAUAUUAAAAGAAGUAAAAAUAAUAAGAAUAAAUUAGGAAGUUAAUUAAAUAAAGAAUACUUUUGAUUUAAAAGAAAUGA